AUGGGCCCCAAUGCUGGACCAGGUAGCAUCGCCAUGGCGAAUGUGCUGCGCGCCGCGUGGGGUCUAGUCAUGGCGCAGUUCUCCGGCCAGCCAGACGUAGUAUUUGCUGCGAACGUCUCCGGCCGUAACGCCCCGGUGCCCGGCGUGAGCGAGAUCAUCGCGCCGACGAUCACCACCGUGCCCCUGCGUAUCCAGACCGGCCUUGAUCAGACCCCGACGGUGGCAGACUUCCUUCAAGGGGUGCAGGAGCAAGCAAUCCAGAUGAUAGCGUACGAGCACACCGGACUCCAGGGCAUCCGCGGCCAUCCGGCGUUGCAGCUGCGCAACCUGCUGGUUAUUCAACCUGCUGCGGAGAGUGACACCACGCUCGACUUCCCCGGUAUUGAGGCCCUGCCCCUCGCCGUAGAGGAUUUCGAUAGUUAUGGGCUGAAUGUCGAGUGUACGCUGGGGACAACGAUUGGGGUGCAGGCGCGGUUCGACGACAAGGUUGUUCGACCGGCGUAUAUGACCCGUGUGCUGGACCAGUUCACACACAUCGUGGCGGUGUUGUGUGAUUCCAGUCUCCAACGCUCGUCGCUGCGAGAGCUAGAUCUACUCAGCCGUGCUGAUCACGCACAGAUUGCGGUCUGGAAUGCCACCGUCCCGGAGCGCGUCGAGAAAUGUAUCCACGAGCUGGUGGAAGAGCAGGCACAGGCUCGCCCUACAGCGCUAGCGGUUUGGGCUUGGGAUGGACAGCUCAGCUACCGUGAACUGACACAUCUCGCUAGUCUCUUAGCCCACCGUUUAGUUGCACUCGGGGUUGGACCAGAGCAGAUGGUGGGUGUUUCGAUGGCCAAGUCCAAAUGGGCGGCGGUAGCGCUGUUGGCCACCCUUCAGGCUGGGGGGGUCGUGGUGCCCUUGAGCGUCAGCCAUCCCAUCCAGCGAAUCGAGACGAUUCUCCACGACGCUGCAGUGAGCGUGACCUUGGUGGACGGCCCGGAGCACGACCGCUUAAACGGCCAAGUCGAUUGUUCCCUCCUUGUGGUCGAUUCGCAGCUUUUCGAGAGUCUGUCUACCACUCUCACCCCAAACAAUGAGGUUGCAUUCGUACCCCCCAUCCCUCCUGUCAGCGUCACCCCUGAUCAUGCUGCCUGGGUCAUCUACACAUCCGGGACAACGGGAACCCCUAAAGGCGCCGUGCUCGAGCAUGGGACCCUCUGUACGAGCAUCCGGGCCCACGGCACGCGGUAUGGGUUUGGGCCCCACACGCGCAAGCUGCAGUACGCGGCACAUACCUUCGACGGCACAAUCGAGGAUUACUUCACCACCUGGGCCUGGGGCGGGCUGAGCUGUGUGCCGUCGGAAGAGGACCGGCUGGACAUGCGCCAGCUGACGGCGUUCAUGCGCCAGACCCAUGUCAACGCUCUGGCCACCACCUACACCGUGGCCGGACUCUUCACGCCCGAGGAGGCUCCCAGUCUGCGCACGCUCGUUCUGGGCGGCGAGCCAGCAACCAUCGAGGUGACCAAUCGCUGGCGGACCAAGGUCGACCUCUUCAACUGCUACGGUCCCUCGGAGUGCUCCAUCUUCUCCUCGGCAGCCGGUCCGGUCCAGAACGUCGACGAGAUCCAUAACAUCGGCACGUCCAUCGGCACUCGCCUGUGGGUGGCUGAUCCCCAGGACCACGAUCGCUUGUGUCCCAUCGGCGCUCCGGGCGAGCUGCUGAUCGAGGGGCCGCAGUUGGCGCGCGGGUACCUCAACAAUGCUGACAAGACCCAGUCCCAGUUCCUUGUUGAUCCAGGCUUUAUGGCGCGAUUCGGCCUAGCCCCAGGGCGACGUGUCUACCGUAGUGGGGAUAUCGUCCGUCAGAAGGAUGACGGGUCAUGGGUGUAUGUGGCGCGCCGUGACACGCAAGUCAAGAUCCGCGGUCAGAGAGUCGAGAUCGGCGAGAUCGAACAGCAGAUCGUUCGGUCUCUGGCUGAAACCCGCUUCGUGGCGACGGUGCUGCUGCAGCGCGGAGCCCAGGGCUCGCCGGUGUUAGUGGCUGCCAUUGAAUUUAUGUCGGGGAGUAGAUAUCUGAGCGGAGACGAGGAGAAGGCAGGGGAUGAGGAGGAGGUGCAGAAACACCAGUUGAGGGCUACGGACAAUGCUGUUCCACCCACAGAAGCGAUGCAGGCGGCGUUUCAGAACCUCCAUAGCGCCUUGUUCCAAGUGCUCCCAACACACAUGGUCCCAAGCGCAUACGUCCCCGUCGCCCAUAUGCCGCGCAAUCUCUCUGGGAAGCUGGAUCGGCGAGCCUUGCGGGAGCAGCUGGCUGCCAUGUCCGCUGAAUCCAUGCAGCAGUAUCUCGAGGGGCGUAAGAAAGUCGCCCCUGCAACUGACAUGGAGCGUACAUUACAGAGUCUCUGGCUGGAGGCUCUAGGGAUUGACAAGGCAGAGAGCGUGGGCCUGCAGGAUAAUUUCUUUCAGUUGGGAGGCGACUCGGUGGCCGCUAUGCACUUGGCAGCCCUAACCUGGCAACGCAUCAAAUUACAUCUGACCGUCGCUGACGUCUUCCGCCAUCCACGCCUCGGUGAUCUGGCGCAGAGGCUGAUGGAGCUCAGCUUAGUUACUACUGCGGAGCAGGCAGAGGAACAAGAUCCUGAGCCCUUGAGCUUGUGGGCUAAUGCCUCGCCCGAAGCCGUGAGCGAGAUUGCAGCUCGUUGCCAGGUGGAUGUGGAUCAGAUAUCAGAUGUAUACCCCUGCACACCACUGCAGGAAGGCUUGAUGGCGGUUACGGGGCGUCAAUCCGCCGCCUACAUCAGUCGACAGGUCUACUCCCUCUCGACCGCUGUCAUCGACCUGCACCAGUUCCAGGCGGCCUGGGAGACAUUGACCCAGACCACCCCCAUCCUGCGCACGCGUCUCAUGAUGGGUCCCAACCAGCAAGCCCUACAAGUGGUGGUACAAGCCCCGAUUGUCUGGCGAGUCGGCACCGAUCUCGCGACUUACAUUGCCGAGGACCGUGAGGCAGGCAUGAAAUUGGACCAGCCCCUGGUGCGAUACGGCUUGGUGACGGAGUCGCGUGACAAAACAUAUUUCGUAUGGACCGCACAUCACAGUAUAUACGACGGCUGGACGAUGAGCGAGAUCGCGCAGCGCUUCGCACAGAUCUACAAUGGAUUGGAACACGCGACCUCGAUCCCGUCAACCAUUCCAUAUUCCCGCUUCAUCCGGUACUUGACCACGCGGGAUCCCGUCGAGACGGCUCAAUACUGGCGGGAACAGUUCGAGGGCGAGGUGGUGGCUGACUGGCCUGCACUGCCUCAGCACGACUACCACCCUAGACCACAAUCGCGUAUUCAGACAGCUGUGGCGAGUCCAGCGCCCUUAAGCGGCGGCAUUCUGAUCUCCACCAUCCUACGCGCUGCGUGGGCAAUCGUGAUGGCCCGGUAUAGUGGACACAAUGACAUUGUGUUCGCCGCCAGCGUGUCGGGGCGCAAUGCCCCUGUGCGGCAGAUCCAGGACAUCGCCGGUCCAACCCUAACCACAGUGCCGGUCCGCGUAUCAGUCGACAAAAGUAUGACAGUGGCUCAGCUGCUGCAGACCAUUCAGCGACAAGCUACAGACAUGAUUCCCCACGAGCAGACUGGAUUGCAACAGAUCAAAAAGCUGCUGCCUGACGCCACUAGUAGCACCGCUCUGGCGCUCCGCAACCUUCUGGUCGUCCAGCCCGCCGCCGAAAGUGCCAACAGCCCUAUCACCCUUCCGGGCCUGGAGGCUCUCCCUACACCGUUCGAGGACUUUGGCAGCUUCGGACUGCAGGUCGAGUGCACGCUCGGACGGCAGCAGAUUAAUGUGGACGUCCAGUAUGACGAGCAGGUGGUCGCCACAGCCUAUAUUCAGAAGGUGGUCGACCACUUCGUGCAUCUUGUGAAGGAGCUCGCCAACCCCAGCCGGUUCCAACAGCCGCUGCACAAGUUACAUAUCAGUCCUCAAGACGAAGAGCAGAUUCUGGACUGGAACCAGGUUGUCCCCACCUGCGUUGAGCAAUGUGUCCAUGCCCUUGUGUACAAUCGCGUGGUCCGCCAGCCCACUGCAUGCGCAAUCAGCGCCUGGGACGGCGAAUUGACCUAUGAGGAGCUUUCAGGACAGGCCGCGAGCCUGGCGGCCCAUCUGCAGCACGACCUAGGCGUGAAGCCGGAGCGCACGGUGGGAGUUUGUAUGGACAAGAGCAAGUGGGCUGCGGUCGCCAUACUCGCGGUUCUGUACGCCGGAGGGGUGGUCGUUCCCCUCGGGGCGGCUCAUCCUCUGCCUCGCGUGCAGGCCAUCGCACAGGAUGCAGCGGUGGAGACCGUACUCGUGGAUCGUGAACAGCAGCAACGGCUGAUGUCACUGGGCCUGCGACUAUUGAUCGUGGACGAAGAACUCAUCGCUCGCCACACACCGCUGGACCUCGCACAGACGACCGCACUGCUGCGGACAAGUACGGUGCAGCCACACAAUAUGGCGUGGAUCAUUUACACCUCUGGUAGCACGGGCACCCCGAAGGGGGUGAUUCUCGAGCACCAGGCGCUCAGCACCAGUAUCGAGGCACAUGGCGCUGCCUUUAAGAUGGAUGAGACGACCCGUACCCUGCAGUUCGCAGCGCAUACCUUUGACGCCACAAUCCAGGAUAUCAUCACCACCCUCUGGGCGGGAGGGUGUGUCUGCAUUCCCUCGGAGCAUGACCGCGUCAAUCGGCUCACGGAAGUCAUGAGCGCCAUGCGGGUCAAUUGCGCUACUUUGACCUCAACAGUGGCGUCGAUGCUGGUUCCUAACAGAAUUCCCUCAAUGCGUACAAUGAUCCUAGUAGGUGAACCAGUUACUGCGGCAGCCGUAGCCCUAUGGUCACCGCAUGCCACUGUGCUGAAUGCCUACGGCCCCUCCGAGUGCUCGAUCCAUUCCUCCUGCAGUCGACCGAUUCACGACGCCGCCCUCGCGUCCAACAUUGGCUUCCCCCUCGCCUGUACGUGGUGGGUGGUGGAUGCCGACAACCAUCACUCCCUCUGCCCGAUUGGCGCCCCCGGGGAGCUUCUGAUUGAGGGCCCGAAUCAAGCCCGAGGCUAUCUCAAUGACGACGAGAAGACCCGAGCGGCCUUUGUUCGGGACCCCGACUUCAUUCCUCGACUAGGCCUCGCAGGUCGACGCCUGUACCGGACCGGUGAUCUGGUCAAGCAGAACCCUGACGGAUCGCUGAUCCAUCUCGGCCGCCGGGAUCUACAGGUCAAGAUCCGCGGACAGCGCAUCGAGGUGGGCGAGAUAGAAUACCAAAUCCAGCGACAUCUCGCCGGGGCGCGCACCGUCGCGGUAGAGCGCGUUCAGCACGGCGGAGAUGGCGAGCAGAUCAGCCUGGUAGCAGUAAUGGACUUUGUCGACGAGACGCGCAACGAUGAGAACAACGCUGCUGCAACAACAACUGCUGCUGCUACUGCUACUGCUGCCACUGAUGCGCUGCAGCCCCUGCCUCCUUCUGAUCGCCUUCGCGCUAGAUUCAAUGAGCUUCGUCAGACGCUGCUCCGCAUUCUGCCAGUCUAUAUGGUCCCCGCUGCAUACCUCCCUGUGGAUCAGAUGCCCUCGAAUGCCAACAACAAGCUUGACCGGCGGGCCAUCCGGGCCCUGUUGGCACAGCACUCGCUGGCUACCCUGCAACAGUACAUCCACGAUGACAAGGCUGAAAUGCAGGCCUUGCCCGUGACCGCAUUGGAGAAGAAGGUGCAUGCGCUCUGGCUCGAGGUGUUCGACCUCCCCGCCGGGGUCAGCGUGUCCAUGAACGACAAUUUCUUCCACCUGGGUGGGGACUCGGUGACGGCGAUGCGGAUGGUUGUCGUCGCUGUGUCUCACGGGCUGCAGCUGAGCGUAGAAGAUAUCUUCAAGUCACCCCGGCUAGCAGAUUUGGCUGCCACGCUCGCAGCCCGGUCCUUGGAAGAGAAACUGGCACAGGACAUCGAAAAUCCUGCCCCCUUCGAGCUGUGGGACGAGCUUCAUGCUGCCGAGUCCCCAGACAAGCGACAACAGCGCUUACUCCGCAUCGCGACGAGUGUCGGGGUAAGCCUGGACCAGAUCGAGGACGUUUAUCCCUGUACACCAUUGCAGGAGGGCUUGAUGGCCGUUACGGCGCGUCAGCCGGCAGCCUAUGUAAGUCGACAGGUGUAUGCGAUGGGUAGCGCCGUAGAUCGCAACCAGUUGCAGGCGGCAUGGGAGACCCUGUCUGCAGAAGUCAGCAUUUUGCGCACACGAAUCCUGGUAGACAAUGAAUCCCCCGCUCUGCAGGUGGUGGUGCGUGCCGACAUCUGCUGGCAAUCAGGCACAGACCUCGAGCAGUACCUGCAGGCUGAUCGCGCUCAGGGCAUGUCUCUGGGCCAGCCGCUGGUUCGCUAUGGGUUUGUCAAGGAGCCCACCGGGGCAUGCUACUUUAUCUGGACUGCGCACCAUGCCUUGUAUGAUGGUUGGACAGUCGGUGCACUCAGCAAACGCCUCCUGGACAUCUACCGCCAGGGCCGGUCUGCAUCCGCGGUCCCCUACACGCAAUUCAUCCGGUAUCUUCAACACGGUCGCCCGGACACCGUGGCGAGCACGCACUACUGGCGCGAGCAGUUGGAGGGCGACGUGAUGGCCAGCUGGCCACGACGAGUCUCAGACAAGCAACCACUGCCACAGGACGACUUUCAUGCAACGAUCCCACUUCCGCCGACGCAGAGACAUGGCCAGGUGACAAUCUCGACCGUUCUUCGCGCCGCAUGGGCGCUGGUCGUGGCCCAGUACUCGGGACACGGGGACAUUGCCUUUGCAGCCACGGUUUCCGGCCGCAAUGCCCCGGUUCGAGGCAUAUCAGAUAUCGCGGGCCCAACCAUUACGACUGUGCCAAUUCGUACACGAGUCGACCACACAAGGACUGUGGCCGAUUAUCUUGAUGCAAUGCAGCGGCAAGCAACACAUAUGAUUGACCACGAGCAUACCGGUCUACAGGGGAUCAAGGCAUUGGUGCCCACAUUGGCUAGCACGCUGGACACGGGCAGCUUGCUGGUCAUCCAGCUGGCUGAAGAGAAGGAUUCGCAAGGGCAAUUAGACUUCCCCGGCCUGGAGACCAUCCCCCUGCCGAUCGAGCCCUUCAAUGCACAUGCGCUGACCCUCGAGUGCCAGCUUGGGGCACAGGAGCUCACCGUAGAUGUGCACUACGAUAAGCAGAUCAUGGCUUCGACCCAGGUCAAACGAGUGAUCGACUACUUCGCCUGCCUGUUCCACCGACUAUGCAAUCCGAGCACGCAAUCACAGCCCCUAGCAGAGAUUCUGGCCAUCAAUGACGCGGAUCAGCAGCAGAUCCUGCACUGGAAUGCGGACGUUCCGCCCCGGCUGGAAAAAUGCAUCCACGAGAUGAUACGCGAACAGGUGGAACGCUCACCCACAGCCAUCUCUAUCCACGCCUGGGAUGGCGAUAUGAACUAUCGCGAAUUCUAUGAGGCGGGUGCGCGCGUGGCCCACCAGCUCGUCUCCUUCGGGGUCGGGCCAGAAGGCAUUGUGGGAGUUUGUAUGGAGAAAUCGAAAUGGGGCGCCGUGGCGAUGCUGGGGAUCAUGCAAGCCGGGGGAGCCAUCAUGCCCUUGGGCAUAUCACACCCCUUGGCCCGCAUUGACACUAUCCUCGACGCCUCGCGGGCACGCCUGAUCAUCGUCAGCCCUGCACAGGCCAAGCGACUGCAGGGGCUGACCAACCUCGCCAACAUCCAGCUCGUCACCCUCGACCAUGAUCAUUUCGAUACUUGGCCACGGUGCCAACAAGCGCCGGAGAUGGGAGUGACGCCGUCCAACGCCUCGUGGGCUAUCUUUACCUCGGGCAGUACAGGCGUGCCCAAGGGCGUAGUCAUCGAGCACGGAACCAUGUCGACGAGUUUAGACGAACAGGGACGCUGGCUGGGUCUCACGCCUGCGACGCGGUUCCUGCAGUUUGCUUCUUACACUUUCGACAAUGUCAUCACCGACACCUUCGCUACGACGGCCUUUGGUGGCGUCGUCUGCAUCCCCUCCGAGGAGGCCCGCAUGAACCAGCUCACCGAGGUAAUGGCAGAUAUGGAAGUCAACACAGCGAUGCUGACCUCCACUGUUGCACGGCAUGUGGCGCCCAGUCGCGUGCCAGCCCUGAAUACCCUGAUUCUGACAGGCGAGCCUGUUCGGGCCGACGUCGUCAGCAUCUGGCUGGGCCACGCCGAUAUCUACAACGCUUAUGGGCCCACCGAAGGGUCUAUGAGUACCUGUACUCGGCCCUACCCCAAUGCCCACGAAGUCAGCAACAUCGGCUUCCCCUUGGCGACCCGGUUAUGGGUCACGCAGCCCACGCAAACCCAUCUGCUGAGCCCUCUCGGCGCACCCGGCGAGCUCUGGAUUGAAGGGCCCUUCUUGGCACGGGGAUACCUCGGUGACCCCGUCCGCACUCAGGCCUCAUUUAUCGUCGAUCCCGAGUUCACGCGGCGUCUGGGCCUCCACGGACGCCGGCUCUACCGUACGGGGGAUCUUGUGCAACAAAACGAGGAUGGAACUUUGAUCCACCUCGGGCGAAUAGACUCUCAGAUCAAAAUCCGGGGUCAGCGUGUCGAGCUCGGUGAGAUUGAACAUCAGAUCCUGCACCAUCUGCCCGGUGUGAGUACAGUGGCCGUGGAGCCGCUCACCGACGAGGACACGCAGCGGAUCUUCCUGGUCGCCGCGGUGGAGUUUGCUGGCGACAGUGAAUAUCGGCGUGGCACAAUCACCCUGACGGGACUGCUGGCGCCAUCCCCGGCCCUAAGAAAGGCCUUCAGUAAGCUGUACGGCAUCCUAUCACAAACACUCCCUGUGUACAUGGUUCCGGCCGUGUUCGUGCCCAUUGCGGAGAUGAGUCGCAACCUCUCCGGCAAACUGGACCGCAAGCUCCUCCGCACGAUGCUGGCACGUUUGCAAGACAACGACGACAACGACAACGACAAUCUGCGGCAGUAUCGCGUGGGCGACGGUCCCAAGGUCUCCCCCUCCACCGAGAUGGAGCGCCGACUACAGGCCCUGUGGGCUGAUGGGCUCCAUCUCCCGGUCGACGAAAUCGGGGCCCAUGACAAUUUCUUCCACCUUGGCGGAGACUCCCUGGCCGCCAUGCGCAUGGUGGCCGCAUCACGCUCUCGUUCUUUCAAGCUAAGCGUGGCGGACAUCUUCAAACACCCUUGUCUGUCUGAGCUGGCUGAGAAAGAUGAUGGGGUGGAGGAGGAGGAGGAAGAGGAAGAGGAAGGCGUGGUCCCAUUUUCUUUAAUAGACACCGAUAACCCCGAAGCAUUUAUCCACGAAGUGGUCUCCCCCGUUUGCAACAUCAGAUGUGCGGACGAGGUCGUUGAUAUCCUGCCCACCACCGAUUUCCAAGCCCUCACGGUGGCAGGCGUGCUCACGACCCCCGCCGCGGCCAACUGUGCGCAUUUCCUGCUCGACGGCCAGGGCCCCUGUGACGUGGAGCGGCUGCGCAAAAGUUGCUUCGACCUCAUCCGCGCCCUGCCUAUCCUCCGCACGGCCUACAUCUUCGAUCAAAGCCGCCUGCUGCAGGUGGUCAAGAGUGCCUAUGAGCCGGACAUCCCCAUCUUCCACACGGAGCGUACGCUCGAAGCGAAGACGGCCGAGAUCAUCAACCACCAGCUGCUCCCAGCCCCCUGCUUGGGCGAACCCUUCAUGCAGAUGGCCAUUGUCGAGGAGGCGCACAGCACGCGACACCGACUUCUCCUGCGCGUGACGCACGCUGAGUACGAUGCCGUGUCCAUCAAUGUGAUCUGGGAGACCCUGCGCUGUCUGUUCGAGGGCACAAUCCCGCCUCGAUUCCCAUCCUUCGCGAGCUUCUACUACCACCAGCAGCAAUGCAUCACCGCACAAACGUACGACUACUGGACCGACCUGUUGGCGGGCUCGUGUAUGCCCCAACUGGGCCGCUCCACCUCCGCCAUCGGACAAUAUCCAUCUACCGUGGCCCACCUCACCCCACGGACGGUGACCCUCGCCAGCCCGCUGUCUGCGGGCGUCACCAGGCCGGUCCUGGUGAAGGCAGCAUGGGCGAUCACUUUGGCCCGUGUGGCCCAGAGCCAGGACGUGGUGUUCGCCGACACUGUCUCCACACGGGGCACCGUCGACGCUACCCGGAUGAAUGCAACGGGCUGCUGCGUCACGCUGCUCCCCGUCCGCGUGCAGCUGUCCUCUCCUGCCCUCACAGCGCACAAGCUACUGCAAACUGUGCGCGAGCAGCAGAUUCAGAGCUUCGAGCACGGACACCUGGGCUUCCGAGACAUCCUCCAUGACUGCACCGACUGGGCGACCUCGACGAGGUUUACAUCCGCACUGAACCACAUCACCGAGCAGACGAACGGGACCGUUUGCAUGAGCGGGCAGGAGUACACUAUUUCCAGCUUCGAUGCGCUGGACGCGACAUGGACAGUUGACGUGGGGGUCACGGCCGUCAGCCGGAAGGACGGCGCGCUGGACCUACGUUUGGCCUACCGGGCUGACAGCAUCACGCCGGAGAUGGCAUCGGAGUAUGUGCGCAUGCUCACCGAGACGCUCACGAUCCUCGUGAACGAGCCAUCUCGCACCAUCAAGGAGAUGUUAUCGGCCCCUGUAACCCGAUCCGGGGGGAAGGGGAAGAGGUCAUCGGCGCCGGUGGUGCAGAUCACGGAGCGGAUCUCGGGCGAGGAUCCCCUGAUCAUGGCGUCGUAUCUACAGAUCAAACAGCGGCCAGAGUGGGAAGUAGUUCUGCAGCGUCGUCGGGGGGUCGCCACGGGCAAGACCAGGCCGGCAGCCUCCUUUGCACAGAGGGGCGGCGAUCUCUUGGACGCGGUCUACUUAGCCUCUCUUCUGGGUCUGAGCGACCAGUUCGACUCCGCCCAGGCAAUAUUAGUGGGAUCACGCCGUGAGGAUGAAGCGGGUCUCGAGGAGGGCCUACCCUCAACGAAAGCAAAGCGGCUGUCUCUCAGAACGAUGUGGACAAGUGCCCGGAAGAGCUAUGCUCGAUGGUUCACGGCGGGUUCGCGGCAAAGAGGCCAGACCUCACUGGCUGUUUAA